AUGAUUUAUAAUCAUUUGAAAGGUCUUCUAAAGAAGAAUUUUAUCUUAUGGAAAAGAGAUCUCAAAGGAACUUGCUGCGAAAUAUUUAUACCUAUAUUUUUCUGCUUCAUACUUUUCCUAUUGAGGCUUUCUAUUGUUAAAGAAACAAUUAGUGAACUUGAUUACCUACCAAUUUCAUAAACUCUUACUCCUGCUUGGGAUCCAAGCCUUAUCGCUAACGGAAUUCACUCCACUAUUUAAGAUUGUACUGAUAAAAAUUACGGAGGAAAGGUUGGUUUAGCUCCUGACGUUCCAAUCACUUAAGCUCUUGCAAAAGUGCUCUCAUAAUAUCCUGAUAUUAGUGUAACAUUUUUCAAAGAUAAAGAAGAAUAUGACAAUCAUAUUACUAGAGAAGGUUAUAUUUAUGACUAUCCUCCUAAAAUUUGCUUUGGCGUUAUCUUCACAGAAUGGAAUAAUGGAAAUUAUAAUUACUAAAUUUCUUAUAAUCUCACAUUAAGCACAGAAGUUCCUUAUUAAAAAGAAACAUCCUUCAUUGUUAAAGAAUAAGAUAGUCUUGUUGAAGAUUAUAUAAACUCAGGUUUUACAAGAAUUGUUAACUUUGUGAGCAAUAUUAUCUUGCAACAAGAAAGCGGAAACUAGAAUUUAAAGAUAACACCUAAACUAAGCCCUAUUAAAAGAGAAGCAUACACUAAAGAUAAUAUAGCAACAUUAUUAGGUUCAAACAUGAACUUUUAUAUUGUAUUGCCUAUGAUAGCUUCCUUUUUAAGAAUGACUUCUAGAAUUCUUAGUGAAAAAGAAAAGAGAAUCAAAGAAGGUAUGAUGAUGAUGGGUUUAGGAAAAGCACCUUUCUACUUGAGUUGGGUUAUUACCUAUUUAGUUUAUUAUUUCUUUGUAUCUCUCUUAGUUACUAUCAUCUUAAAGCUGCUAGUUGUGACGUAUACUGACUUCUUUGUAUUUUUCUUUUAUUACUACUUAUACUGUUUAGCCUUACUUGCUUAGAGUCUUUUUAUCACUGUAUUUUUUACUCGCUAACGUCCUGGCAUUCUUACUGCAACUGUUUUCUUCCUUCUUUAGUUUAUAUUUACUAUGUUUAUGAUGAAUAAAAUUAACCCAAAAAGUAGUGAUUAUUAAACUGUUUCUAUCUUUCCUUAAAGCGCAGUAGGCAUAGCUGCUAGAGUAUUUUUGAUUUAUGAGGGAAUGUAAAAAAAUUUUGGAUUUGGUGAUGUUGAUAAGGCAAUUGAUUAAUAAAAGCUUAUUUACAGUUUUAAUUCGUGCAUAAUUAACUGUGUUAUAUACUUGGUUUUAUUCCUGUAUCUUGAUUAAGUCUUCCCUAAUGAAUUUGGUCAAAAAAAGCAUCCUUUAUUCUUCUUAGGAAUAAAUUACUCUUCAAAUAUAAAAAAGUCAUAGUAGACACCAAUAAAAGCAGAUGAUGUUGAAGCUUUAAUAGAAGAUGUUGAUGUUGAAAAGAAAAAACAAGAAAAUGAAGGAAAAACAAUUCAAAUCCAAGAUUUAGAAAAAAUUUUCUAAGUUGAUGGAUAGUAAAAAAUAGCAGUAAACAGAAUUACCUUACAAAUGUAUUCUGGUUAGGUAUUCUCAUUUUUAGGACAUAACGGAGCAGGAAAAACGACCACUAUGUCUAUCUUAACAGGUAUGCUUACUCCUACCUCUGGUACAGCUUAUAUUAAGGGUUUGGAUAUCAGAACAAAUAUGGAUUAGAUCAGAAAAUUUUUAGGUGUUUGCCCUCAACAUGAUAUUUUAUUUGACUAGUUGACUGUUAAAGAACACUUAGAAUUAUUUGCUACCCUCAAAGGAAUGCCUAAUGAUAAAAUAGAAAGCGCAGUCACCAAAAUAAUUAAAGAUGUUGAUUUGGUUGAAAAAACUAAUAUUAUAAGUUCAAGUCUUUCAGGAGGUCAAAAGAGAAAGCUAUCUGUUGCUAUUGCUUUCAUAGGAGGAAGUGAUGUCAUUAUUUUAGAUGAGCCUACAAGCGGUAUGGAUGUAUCUGCUAGAAGACACAUUUGGGAUAUGCUUAAAAACUAUAAAUCUUCAAAAAUUAUCAUUCUCACAACUCAUUUCAUGGAUGAAGCCGAUUACUUGGGUGAUAGAAUUGGUAUUAUAUCUGAUGGUAAAAUCAAGUGUAUAGGUUCAAACGUAUUCUUAAAGGACAGUUAUGGAGCUGGAUACAACUUUACUUUUGUGAAAGAAGAAAACAAUUCUCCUUCCUAACCAAUUAUUGAAUUAAUGAAAAAGUAUAUUCCAGACUGCGAAAUUAUCAGUGAUGUUUCAGCUGAAAUAGCAUUCUAAGUACCGAAAAAGCAUGUUCCUGUAUUUAAAGAACUUUUUGAAAAUAUAGAAAAGAAUAAAAAAAGUUUGAUGAUACGUUCGUAUGGAGUGUCAAAUACAACAUUAGAACAAGUCUUCUUAAAGGUGGCAUCUAUGAAUGAAAAUCAUUUCAUCUUAGAAAAAAAAUAAUCUGCUGUUAAAGAUUAGUAAAGUCAUAUUGAUUUUGACUUUAAUAAAGAGCGUGUAUAAGGAAGAUUUAAUAUAUUUAAAACCCAUUUACGAGCUUUGAUAGUAAAAAGAUAUCACUAUUUUAAGAGAGACUCUAGAUCUUUUGUUUGUGAACUUUUGCUACCUAUAAUUAUGAUUGUCAUUGGAUUCUUGGUGUCUACUACUACUGCAUUUAAUAAUUGGCCAAAUUUAUAACUUACAUUAGAUCAAUAUGACGAUUUUAAUUAAAUUUACAUCGGUGGAUAAACUAAUAAUGUUUAAAAUUAUUUAUAAACUUAUUCGAAUUCUGAAAAUAUCAUGUCUAAAAGUGCUACUGUUUAAGAUUUUAACAAUGAGCUAUUUGAAAAAAAGACAACAGACUUAAAAAUUGGGUUAUUUGUGACUAGUAAUUUACCAACUGAUUAUUAAUACUAUUCAUUUGUAAAUUCAAUAAAUCCCAAUAUGGCUCCCAUCUCUAUAAAUAUGAUGAAUAAUGCUAUCAUAAACUAAAUACUUGGAAGAAACAUUAAAAUUAUUGUUAAUAAUUAACCUCUUUUACUUACUGCUUACACAAAAAGUUUUUAAGGAACAAUCAAAGGAAUUGUUAUUUCUUUAAUAUUCUCAAUUGGAAUGGCAUUUAUACCUGCUAGCUUAAUUACUUAUAUAGUCCGUGAAAGAGAAGAACACAUCAAACAUCAAUAAAUAGUAAGUGGAGUUAGUUUAUUGGCAUACUGGUUAUCAAAUUUCAUAAUUGAUCUAAUUAAAUACCUUGUACCCGCCUUGAUAAGCCCACUAUUUGCUUAUGCGUUCAAUAUAUCAUCUGUUACUGAUGAUGGAAAUUUUGGAUAUUUUUACUUAAUAUUCAUAUUAUAUGGACCUUGUUUGAUAUCAUUUGUCUAUGUGUGCUCAUUUUUACACAAAGACUAUGGAAAUGCUCAACUAAUUUAAUUUUUCUUCAACUUUAUUAUUGGUGGAAUUGGAAGUGUUACUUUUGCUGUACUUAGGCUUAUUGAUACAACUAAAUACAUAGCAAUAAAAUUACAUUAUAUAUUCCGUUUGUUCCCUUGCUUUUCAUAUGCUUAUGGUAUAUCUAAUUUGGCUAGCAUAAAAGCAUACUAAUUAUUAUAUAACUACAGCUCCCUUCCUAGUCAAAUGGAUAUGGAUAUGGCAGGAGGAGAUAUACUUUUCCUUAUAAUAAUGUUUAUAUUUUUUAUUCUUGUCUUAAUUUCAAUUGAGUACUUUAGAGCAAGAAAGACAGUACUAAAUAGAGAAAAUAAUUUCCCUUAUAUUCCAAAACCUAUGGAUAAUGAUGUACAGUCAGAGAAAAAUCUCAUUGAAACAGCUAACCCUUCUGAAUACACAAUCCUAGUCAGAAAUCUAAGGAAAGUUUUUAUUUAAAAUAAUGGAAAACCAAAAGUCGCUGUUGAUAACAUUAAUUUUGGAUUGAAAUAUGGUGAAGUUUUCUGCUUCUUAGGAACUAAUGGAGCUGGUAAAACAACCACCAUGAGAAUGCUCACAGGCGAAGAGACUAUUGGAUCAGGUGAAGCAUACAUCGAAGGUUUUAAAAUCCCUGAGUAGAUGUCCAUCGCUUAGUAGUACAUUGGAUACUGUCCUUAAUUUGAUGCCCUACUUGAUAAUUUGACAGCUCGUGAACACCUUGAGCUCUAUGCAGCUAUCAAGGGUAUUCCAUAAGAAAUGAUACCUCGUGCUGUAGAUGAAAAACUAGAUGAAAUGAAUUUGCGUAAAUUUGAACAUAUUUGUAGCAGAACUUAUUCUGGUGGUAACAAACGUAAGCUUUCUGUUGCUAUUGCAAUGCUUGCCAACCCUCCAAUAGUAUUUUUGGAUGAGCCUUCAACAGGAAUGGACCCAGGUAAUCGUCGUUUUAUGUGGGAUGUUAUUAGUCGUAUUGCAACCCUUCGUAAGAAAUCAUCAAUCAUUCUUACAACUCACUCGAUGGAAGAAGCUGAAGCUCUAGGAACAAAAGUCGGUAUUGUUGUAAGUGGUAACCUUUAAUGCCUAGGAAGUAUUUAACACUUAAAAAAUAAGUUCGGAAAAGGCUAUGAACUUGAUAUUAAGACUUACCUUCCAUCAGUACAUGAAUUAACUUAAAUAGCAAAAGGAAAAAACUUAAAUAUGGAAGUAAAUGGUGAAAAUAUUUAAGGUAUAUUAAAAGAAAUUAACCAAACAAACUUUAGUGAAUAGAUAAGUGAAAAAGGAUUUGCAGCUUAAAUAUUCUAUGAGAUUUAAGGUAACCACUCAGUAGAACUAUAAAUUUUGUUAGAAAAGAUUUAUUUAUACAAUUUAAACUAUAAGAUAUUACAGUUCUUAUAAUAAAAUACUGAUCACUUCAAUAUCUUAGAGCAGUUUAAUAAUUUUAUGAAGGUCUAAAUAGUUACCAAAAAAACAAUAGGAGAAAUAUUUGGCAUGAUGUACGAAAAUUAAGAAAAACUACAUAUAAGUUCUUACAUGGUUAACUAAACAACCUUAGAGUAAAUAUUCAAUGAAAUAGCUUAAAAUUGUGAGCAACAGGCUUUAGCUGCAUAAGGCUCAUCAAUAAUUGACGUUAAUAAUUUAAAAUAAAGUUAAUCUUAAUAAAUUAAAAGAUAGUAAUCUGAGUAGUAAAACAAAAUAAUCAACGUUUACUAAUUACCACCUAACAACUAAUAAUCUACACAUAUAUAAAUGCAAACUAUUCCUAUAAAUAAACGCUAAUGA